CUCCGGCGCUCAAGCUGCCCUCGAGCGGCGCGCUCGGCUGCAGCCCGCAGCAGAGGCGCCUCCGCGGAGCGCCCCGACGGCGCCCGCCCGCCUGCCUGCCCGCUGAUGCUGGAGUGAGCGCUGCGGUGGCGGGAUGCUGGUGCUGCUGGCCGCCGGCGUGGCGCUCGCCGUAGCCGCCGGCGCCCAAGACGGCCCGGCGCCCGGCAGCCGCUUCGUGUGCACGGCGCUGCCCCCGGAAGCGGCGCGCGCCGGCUGCCCGUUGCCCGCGAUGCCCAUGCAGGGCGGCGCGCUGAGCCCCGAGGAGGAGCUGCGGGCCGCGGUGCUGCAGCUGCGCGAGACCGUCGUGCAGCAGAAGGAGACGCUGGGCGCGCAGCGCGAGGCCAUCCGCGAGCUCACGGGCAAGCUGGCGCGCUGCGAGGGGUUGACGGGCGGCAAGGCGCAGGGCCCGGCCGCUACAGGCAAGGACACUAUGGGAGAUCUGCCUCGGGACCCCGGCCACGUCGUGGAGCAGCUCAGCCGCUCGCUGCAGACCCUCAAGGACCGCCUGGAGAGCCUCGAGCACCAGCUCCGAGUGAACGUGUCCAACGCAGUGCUGCCCAGCGACUUUCGAGAGGUGCUCCAGCGGCGACUGGGGGAGCUGGAGAGGCAGCUACUGAGCAAAGUGGCGGAGCUGGAGGAUGAGAAGUCCCUGCUCCACAAUGAGACCUCGGCUCACCGGCAGAAGACCGAGAAUGCCCUGAAUGCUCUGCUGCAGAGGGUGACUGAGCUGGAGCGAGGCAACAGUGCGUUCAAAUCUCCCGAUGCGUUCAAAGUGUCCCUCCCCCUCCGCACAAACUACCUGUAUGGCAAGAUCAAGAAGACACUGCCUGAACUGUACGCCUUCACCAUCUGCCUGUGGCUGCGAUCCAGUGCGUUGCCGGGCAUCGGCACCCCUUUUUCUUACGCGGUGCCCGGGCAGGCCAACGAGAUCGUGCUGAUAGAGUGGGGCAACAACCCCAUUGAGCUGCUCAUCAACGACAAGGUUGCACAGCUGCCCCUGUUUGUCAGUGACGGCAAGUGGCACCAUAUCUGUAUCACUUGGACGACACGGGACGGCAUGUGGGAAGCUUUCCAGGAUGGGGAGAAACUCGGCACUGGGGAGAACCUGGCCCCCUGGCACCCCAUCAAGCCAGGGGGUGUGCUGAUCCUCGGGCAGGAACAGGACACGGUUGGGGGCAGGUUCGAUGCCACGCAGGCAUUCGUGGGGGAGCUCAGCCAGUUCAACAUAUGGGACCGCGUCCUUCGUGCACAAGAAAUUAUCAACAUUGCCAACUGCUCCACGAACAUGCCCGGCAACAUCAUACCCUGGGUGGACAACAACGUCGAUGUGUUUGGAGGGGCUUCAAAGUGGCCCGUGGAGACCUGUGAGGAGCGUCUCCUUGACUUGUAGCUGCCUCCUGCUCUGUCUAGAAGGCCGGGGCUGGGCUGUUCCUGUCGGAAGUGCAAGGCCACCUCCUCCCCCAGCUAAACUGUGUAAAAGCCC